AUGUCAAAGGCAAAUUUCUUAGGGUAUAUAAGUUCGUCUUCUACUUCUACUUCUACUCUUGCGAUAUCGAUUUUAUCAGACGAGAGGAAAGCGGUGUCUUCUGAGGACCGACGGGAUAGGAGUAAAGGGAAUGGAAGAAGUGGAUGGGAAAGGGGUGGAAGGGAGGAUAUGGGAGGGGACACCGUGAACAGCAGAGUGUUGUUCGUGGGCGUGUGCAUUUUCCGCUUGGAUAGGGAGACGCUACAACCUGCUGUGCUGCUGAUACGCCGCCGCGAACCGAAGUCCCCGGGUUGUUGCGCGUUCGCCACGACGAAGACCAGGGCGGCCACCGGGUGUGAAGAGGCGGGAAGGCAAAAGGAAAAACAGAGGAGGAAGAAUCGGAGACAGACGCAUGUGGUUGGUGAGUGGGAAUUGCCUGGGGGAAGAGUCGUGGACGACGAUUUCUGUAUCUCGGCUGCUGUUGAUCGGCUUGUGAGGAGGAUGCUUGGGUUAAAGGUUACGAAGAUCAUGGUCAUGCUUUCGAGUAUGGAGUGGAGUUAUGAGGACAGGGUUUCGGGGUGGAGGAGAGGUGGGAGAGAUGGUGAUGGGGAAGAAAGUGAAGGGAGUGAGAGUGAUGACGAUAAGGGCUUUGGUUCUUCAACGGAUUGCAUUGAUUCCGGUAGUGGUGAUGGUGAUGUCGACGAAAUGAGUGAAGGUGAUAAAGGGCAAACACAGAGUACGAGUCAAGUUAGCGCCAGCGGUCACGGAGGCUGGAAUAGGGAUUCUACGUCCGUUUCCGGGUCGGUGUAUUCGACCGAUGAACGAAUUGGCCGUGCGGAAAGUGAGUGGGAUCCUAACGAAAGAGUCACGCUCAACACGGGUAUGCCUGAGAAUUACCAGAGCUCGCCACCCUCAUCACCAUGGACACUCGUUCGACCGCUAUCCUCUUCCGAUCCCGAUCUCCGUUUCGACUCUACUUCCAUCCCACCACCAUUGCCGCCUAGACAUCGUGGACGAGGUGGUCAUGGUUAUAUACAAGAACAUACAAAUGAGCAUGGGAACAGCAAUAUCAACAACAGGAAUAAUCACAAAAUUAACAGUAAAAAGAACAAUCACUACAAUAAGAAUAGAAAUAAUAGCGUCGCUACGUACCUGUACGACUCAGGCUCCGACCACGAUCCGUCGCUUGAACCAGCACCCCUCUGUGUGCCGAGGAAACCUGUUGCGGGAGCAGCGAGAACUAUAACGACUACUGAAACUAUACCACUGAGAGCAGAGAAGGAAAAAAAGGGAAAUGAGAAAGAGGGAGAGAUAAUAGAUAACCCUUCCCCUUUCCGCACCCGCGGUCGAAGCAAUACGGCGUCGUCCACGACAUUAUCGCUGUAUGACGAUUUUAAUCCCGGGUCUGAAACUACGAGGACGAGGUCGAAAUCGAAAUCGAAAUCAAGAAGUAGAGGAGGACUGAAACGUAACGCGCAAAUGAUUCCGCAUGACGUCGUGCGGAAGACGUGUAUGCAGUUGAAUUUCGGGGUCAUUGUUGACGAGGACAGUGAUGGUGGUGGUGGUUUUCUUGGUGAGCGUCGUGAUGAUGAUGAUGGUUAUGGCGAGGAUGAUGAUGAUCAUAAUGGGAAGAAGAAGAAGAGAGCUGAAAAUGGGGGAGAAGAAAAGGGGGAAAGAAAAAGUCAGGAAAGAGCAGGAGCAGGAGUACAGAGAAUUAAAGGGGUUGAUGAUGGUGAUUUCGGUGGUGAUAUGAGAGAACGAGAAGAAAGAAAGAAAAGAGGAAGAGGACGAGAGGGUAAUGGAAGUGGAAGUGGAGGUGGAAAUGACUUCUUCUCCUUCGAAUGGGCGACGUGCGCACGCGUGCGCGAGAUGAAUAUGAGCGAGGAUCUGAGGACUGUUGUGCUUGAGGGCUUGGGUUGGAUGGCUGAGUUGAAUGGACAAUUCUUUUGAUGUUUUUGCAUGAAG